CUUCAGGAUACCAGUCUCCUAUCCCUCCAAGGCAGGCAGGCAGGCAGGCAGGCAGACCCCACUGCAACGGGAAAGGCUUUGUACAGUGGUUCUUUCUUCUGAGAGUGAGUUCUGAGCUCCGGAGCCAACCACCAACAAGCAUCAUGGAAGCUAUGACCGGGCUCAUGGACGCUAUGAGCGGCUAUGGGGUGUUAGCCACAGAGUACCUCCAGACCAACUAUAAGGAUGCCCAGAGCUGGUUCCUCUUCGUCUCUUGGGCCGCAGACCUGAGGAACACCUUCUUCGUCUUCCUCCCACUUUGGUUCCACCUGAAGGAGUCGGUAGGGAUCAAGCUCAUCUGGGUGGCAGUGAUCGGGGACUGGCUCAACCUGGUCUUCAAAUGGAUUCUGUUUGGGGAACGGCCAUACUGGUGGGUCCAUGAGACAAGCUACUUCAGCGAGCCAAGGCCACAUAUCGAGCAGUACCCCAUGACCUGUGAGACCGGCCCAGGAAGUCCAUCUGGCCAUGCCAUGGGUGCGGCUGGGGUCUACUACGCCAUGGUAACCUCCAUCCUCGUCAUGCUCCUCAACAAGAAGAGGAAGAGGUCCUCCACCAAGGGCAUGUAUAUUCGUGGAGCCCUGUGGACCUUCUUCUGGGCCGUCCAGGUGUGCGUCUGCCUCUCCAGAGUCUUCAUCGCUGCCCACUUCCCCCACCAGGUGGUUUGUGGAGUGCUCACAGGCAUCGCUGUGGCCGAGGCCUUCAACCGCGUGCAGUGGAUCUACACGGCCAGCCUGAAGCAGUACUGUGGCGUGACCCUCUUCCUCACCUCCUUCGCCGUGGGCUUCUACCUGCUGCUGAAGGCCGUGGGUGUGGACCUGCUGUGGACCCUGGAGAAGGCCCAGCACUGGUGCGUCAACCCCGCCUGGGUGCACAUGGACAGCACGCCCUUCGCCAGCCUGCUGCGCAACAUGGGCACCCUGUUUGGCCUGGGCCUGGGCCUGCACUCGCCCCUCUACACCGAGAACAAGAAGAGCAGUGGCGCCGCCUACAGGGUCGGAUGCGUCGUCUCAACCUUGCUGCUGCUGCAUCUGUUUGACUCUAUCAAGCCGCCCACGCACACGGCCGCACUCUUCUACCUGCUCUCCUUCUGCAAGAGCGCCACCGUUCCCUUGGCGACAGUUAGCAUCAUCCCAUACUGCGUCUCUGGGCUGCUGAACAUGAACAAGAAGCAUGUCUAAAAGCAGUGUGAGUAGGAAAGCAUGGCAACCGGAACAUGGAACUGUUUCACAUUCACAACCAAAGAUUCUAGAACAUAGCGCUCCAGAAUCUUUUUUCACACUUCUCACGUCAAGAAUACAGUGUUUACCGGUGCUUCAUAUCCCAUAACACAUACAUUAAGUUAUUUUUCAUUCAAAACGGGACUGCGGCAGAAAACUUUACAAAAAUCUCCUAAAACUAUAUUUAUUAAGAACUUUUUUUUCCUCUUUGAAAUAUAGAACAUACCUGUGAAGGGUAACGGCAGAGAAGGUUCACAUAGCACUUGCUACAGUAUGUACUGUUGAAGCCAAAGUAGGCAAAGUUAAGGGCUAUUUUAAGUCCUGUGAAUAAUUUCAUGUAAUUGUUGUGUUUUGUUGACGAAUGUAUUCAUUGUGAAAUGUUGGGUUUGGCAUCUAAGCUCAUCAUUUUCAGUGUAUCGGAUCAAAUAGAUCAAACCUUUCAGGGACAAAGAAAUGAAAUACUAGUUUUUUUUGGUGCAUAUUCAUAUUUGUUUUGUAAAUGUUAUUUUAGUGGAAUUCUAUUUUUUAAAUUCUGUAAGGCCAUUUGUAAUAAAAUAUUUCAAAAUACCAA